UCUUCUUCGUGGGCAGCGAUUACAAAUUCCGAUUCUUCAAUGGUUUGAUCCCUCUCCUCUCCUUCUUCCCAUUGCUUCAAGAACCGUGCUCGCGCCCGAAAAUCUCAGAGGUAGGGUUCCGUUUAGGUUCUGGAAUUGCGCUUCUCUCACUUCUGAUCGCCUCAUGGAACCUCUCUAGGGUUUUCGAUCGGCUUCUAAGGAUUCUUAACUCGAUUUGCGCGAGUUUUCCGAUCCGAUGUCUUCUUAUGGCGCCCUACCAUCGGCGGAUCUGGAUAGGUCACGGAGGCGCCGCCCGGAUCCGCCGCCGGCGGAGUCGGUGGACGAGGGGAUCGAUCACUUCGACCAGCUUCCUGACUCGGUGCUCCUUUUGAUCUUCAAUCUGGUCGGCGAUAUCAAGCAAUUGGGGCGGUGCUGCGUCGUGUCCCGCCGCUUCCUCGCCGUGGUACCUCUCGUCGACGACGUCGUCCUCCGGGUCGAUUGCGUCAUCUCUGACGACGCCUCCCUGUCCUCUGAUGCCGUGGCAAGCGGUGUCGCCGUCUUGUCGCAGAAGCCCACUGGCGUCAUAUCCCACCUCGCCCGUCUCGUCCUAGGUGGGCUCGUCAAGCCGCUUCAGGCUCUUGGGCAGAUCCUCUCCCCCUUCCCUGCGUCUGCUACCGUCUCCAGGACAUCAUCGCCUUCGUCCUCUUCUCCUUCGCUGCCUUCUUCCACCGUUGCCCACCACUCACCGACCGAGGUGUUGAAGAACUUCAGAGAAAUCCGUCGCCUCCGUAUCGAGUUUCCUGACGGCGAGCUCGAUGACCAUGACGGCGUCCUCUUGAAGUGGAGGGCCGACUUCGGAUCCACCCUCGAUCGCUGCGUCAUCCUUGGCGCCUCCUCCGUGGCCUCUUCACCAUCCAUUUCCCCUAAAUCCGCGAAUCCUAGCCUCAGUCUUAGUUCCGAUGAUGCUUGUGGAGGUGAUGAUUGUGAGAGCAUUCCGGAGUCGUUCUACGCCAAUGGAAGCUUAAAGCGGAGGGUCGUAUGGACCAUUAGCUCGUUGAUUGCUGCAUCGGCACGCCAUUAUCUUUUCCAUCCUAUUGUGGUCGACCAUGAGCCUUUGGAGUGCUUGGUCCUGACGGAUGCUGACGGACAAGGAGUGCUGACCAUGGACCGGCAGCAGCUGCUAGAACUAAGGUUAAAAGCAGUGGUGGCCUCAGGGAGCUCGCAGCGGACCCUUUUGCCAGCGCUAAGCAUGCGCCUGUGGUAUGCCCACCAGCUUGAGUUGCCUGGUGGGUUUGUGCUGAACGGUGCAACCCUGUUGGCUAUCAAACCAAGUGAUGAGCGGCCGAAGGAAGUAGGUGGUUGCAUACCAGGUUCCAAUGAGUUCUCAGAUAGUUGCUGGAUCCAAGAUUGCUUUGAAGAGCCAUAUAGAACAGCAACGAAGAUGCUCAUGAAGAGGAGGACUUACUGCCUUGAGAUGAACUCUUUCUGAUUCUUUCAAGAUUAAAAAUUUUAUGCUUGACAGGUGCAACCUUUAGGCCCAAAGGAUAUCUCAGAGAGGCAAACUAAACCACAUAUCAAAUGGUCUUCAAACGUUGGAAGCUGUUGUAUGCCAUGGUAACCUCACAGGUAACAUGCUCCUCGCCCCCACGAUCAAGGCACGGAAUGCUCCUGUACCUCUGUGCAAUCUCUGCAUUGCUUGCAACUUCGGAUAUGAUGUGCGACUGAUUUGUUGUAGUUUUAGCUUUCUGGUCUAUGCCCUUCAGUUGCCUUGCGACUAAUAUUGAUCACUGUUCCAUGAUUCUGUGUAUUAAGCUUCACUAAUGCACCAUAUGAAAUUUCAGAUAAUUAUAGCUCAGAUUAUUGUAAUCUCAGUAAGAAUUUAUGGUUUUGUAUGUUGGAAUCUCAUUUCUAUACAUCUUGUUGCAAACUGGUGCUCCUCUAGGACUACAUGGAACACAGUUUAAAACCUU